CUCUUCGGUUGUUUCAUUUUGUUUCUUUGUUUAUACCCUUUUGAUAUAAAGGCAUAUUCGAUUCCCCAUCCUCUCUUUCUUUUCUGUGAUCUCCUUCUACCAUUAUUAUUAUAGCUCUUCCAGAUUUCAAUCUUACUACAGACAAUUAUUAAAUCCGUCACACUUGAUUCUCUCAUUCAAACCUUGUUCAAGUUUCUCCUAAUUUUCAGGUCAUGAACAAAAGCAACCGUUGUAAGCGGAUCUUUGUCCUACCCCCAUACAACCUCAAUACAUUUGAUUAAAAUUUGAAUCGAAUAUAUUGUUGGAGACUUGGGGGUUUCAACCUUUGUGCCCAUGAGCUUGUUUCUUUCUCCUACAUAGGGCAAAUGCGGUUUCCAUAGCUGUUACGAAACGAAUUUUGUGGUUAAUACGAAUGAUUUUGCAGUCAAUGCAGCCUAUAUUUCGAUCGCGGUAAACUCAAAAAAUUUUAUGACACGGUUACGAUACGGCGAUACCAUCUUGUUUUUGCACUAUGGUCCCAUAAGAGGCUCAUAUAUCAUCAAAAAUUGUUUACUUUUCUGUCUGAGCUUUCACAUAUCAUAUACUAUCUAUAUUGUUUUCUGGUGGAUGAUUUUGGUCAUUGCCUUUGAUUACUGUCAAUCUUUUUUUGGAUCUUUCAUAUUCAUUCUACUCUUGCAAAUUUCUUCUAAUGUGCUUAUUUAAUAGACGAGUUUAAUGUGCAGUAUUUAUAACCUAUCUUGAAAAUUGGUGCAUUCAUAAUUUUGAUGGUACCAACUAUUGGAGUGUGAACUGAUAUUCUUGUAAUUGGUUGGAGAAUAUGGCUGAGACAACAAUCAUAUAAAUGGAUGCAUCUAUGAGAAGAUUCUUUGUGUGAUUGUUAUUUCUUUCAAGACAAUGGCUGAGUUUUCAUGAUGCUGGAGCAAUCAAUUUAGAAAAUCUUCACAGAUAUGGAGUAGCACAUCAAGUUUCUUUGAGGGACUGAUCCUUUGGACUGCUCACUGUAUUAUUCCCAAUACCUGUUAAAGGCUAUUCCUUUCGGUUUCAGAAUUUCUAAGUUAUUAGAUAGAAGUUUUUUCCUUAAUGGAAGGAUCAUUUUCACCCCAAGGACCAAAGCAUAGUCCUCAAAGUCAUGGGCGCAAAUAUACUCAGAAAGAUAUAUGGCUUUCUGUGAAAGAAGGAUGCUUGGCCGAUGUUGACGUAGCUUUGGCCCAACUAAAGAAGAAUGGUGGCAAUAUCAACUUGCGGAAUACAUUUGGCCUUACUCUCCUUCAUAUUGCUACUUGGAGAAAUCACAUUCCUAUUGUUAGAAGGCUACUUGCAGCUGGUGCUGACCCUGAUGCCAGGGAUGGAGAAUCUGGAUGGAGCAGCCUCCAUAGAGCUCUACAUUUUGGUCACUUUGCUAUAGCGAGUGUCUUAUUGCAGGCUGGAGCUUCUAUCAGUAUAGAGGACUCCAAAUUACGAACCCCGAUUGAUCUCCUUUCUGGAUCUUUGUCACAGAAUUUGGGCCAAGAUCUUGCUUCAGUUAAGACUGAGAUCUUUAGCUGGGGAAGUGGUACUAACUACCAACUUGGAACUGGAAACGCCCACAUACAGAAGCUACCAUGCAAGUUGGAUGAGCUUAAUGGUUCAUUUAUCAAGUUUAUUGAUGCUUCAAAAUUCCAUAGUUUAGCUGUCACUGGUCGCGGAGAGCUUUAUACAUGGGGGUUUGGAAGAGGUGGCCGCCUUGGACAUCCAGAGUUUGACAUACACAGUGGACAAGCUGCAGUAAUUACACCAAGACAAGUGAUUUCAGGCCUUGGUUCUCGCCGGGUCAAGGCAGUUGCGGCUGCAAAACAUCACACAAUAAUUGCUACAGAAAGUGGCGAAGUUUUCACGUGGGGAUCUAAUAGAGAGGGCCAACUUGGCUAUGCUUCUGUGGACACUCAACCAACCCCCCGAAGGGUUAGUUCCCUCAAGGUGAAAAUCUUAGCAGUUGCUGCAGCAAAUAAACACUCUGCUGCUGUUUCGGAGUCUGGUGAAGUCUUUACAUGGGGUUGCAAUAAGGAAGGACAGCUUGGUUAUGGUACAUCAAACUCUAGCUCCAAUAAUACUCCACGAUUGGUUGAAUAUUUGAAAGGAAGGUUCUUUACAACGGUUUCUGCUUCAAAAUAUCAUACAGUGGUCCUUGGAGCAGAUGGAGAGGUAUUUACCUGGGGUCAUCGACUUGUAACACCGAGACGCGUGAUCGUUGCCAGGAAUUUGAAGAAAAAUGGAAGUGCUCCGUUAAAGUUUUAUAGAAGGGAGCGACUUCAUGUAGUUUCUAUCGCAGCAGGUACGGUGUAUAGCAUGGCUCUAACUGAUGAUGGAGCGUUAUUUUACUGGAUUUCAUGUGACCCUGACCUCAAAUGCCAACAGUUAUAUCAUCUUAAUGGGAAGAAAAUUGCUGGUAUUUCUGCUGGCAAGUAUUGGAGCGCUGCAGUCACAUCAUCUGGUGACAUCUACAUGUGGGAUGGGAAAAAGGGUAAGGACAAACUUCCCGAAGUAACUAGACUACAUGGUGUAAAAAUGGCAACUAAAGUUGCUGUGGGUGAAACACAUCUACUCAUUGUUGGAUCAACUUACCAUCCUGCAUAUCCUGUCAAUGCUAUCAUGGACAGUGAAAAUUCAGAACCUGUUUCAAAUGAUGUAUUAGGAGAGUUAGAUGAGGGAUUUAUGUUCAAUGACAUGGAGCCUGACACCACUAAAACCAGUUUGGAAAAUGAGAUUGUUGGUGACAGGUUAGUGCCGAGUUUAAAGGGCCUUUGUGAGAAAGUGGCUGCACAAUGUUUGGUAGAACCACGGAAUGCUUUGCAAAUGUUGGAAAUUGCAGAUACCUUAGGCGCAGAUGGUCUUCAAAAGUACUGCGAGGAAAUUGUCAUCCGCAACCUUGACUAUAUUUUCAUGGUCUCAUCAAAUGCUGUUGCUACUGCUUCGCCAGAAAUUUUAGUUCAUAUCGAAAAACUGCUGGACAUGAGGUCUACCGAACCAUGGAGUUAUCGCCGUCUUCCUACUCCAACAGCUACUUUUCCUGCUAUUGUAUAUAGUGAAGAGGAAAAUAGUGAUGAUGAGUCUCCCAGGACCAGGGAUAGAGACUCUGUGACAGACGGUUCAAAGAAAGACGGUUAUCUCAGAUUUGGCAAAUUUCUGCAAUCCACAAACGAUGGAGAUCAAGAAUUAUGCAGGAAAAUCAGAGUAUUGCGAAAAAAGUUGCAACAGAUUGAGGUUCUUGAGGCAAAGCAAUCCAAGGGGCAUGUUCUUGAUGACCAGCAGAUAGCCAAGUUGCAAACCAGACCUGUACUAGAGAGUUCACUUGCGGAGCUGGGUGUUCCCAUUGACAUAACAGUGGAAAAAUCCUCUACUUCAGUUGCAGCUGAUAGUAAGGCCUCGAAGGUGGGGAUGUCAAAGAAGCAGAGGAGAAAGAACAAACAGAAGGUGUCUCAAACUGAUGCUUAUUCUGGUCCGGAAGUGGAAUUGAACCCAAUGGAGACUGCUGUGGAGCUCAACAUGUCGAAUUUGGCUGAGGGGAAGGUUGUAGCGGAUCCCAAAGAUCGAGUUGUCAAUGUUUCCUCAUGUACUUCUGAAAAGAAAGACUCUGCCAGCUUCGUGAAGAAUGAAGGUUCAUUGGCAAGGGCAACCAAAAAGAAGAGCAGAAAGGGAGGGCUCUCUAUGUUUUUGAGCGGUGCUCUUGACGAGCCUAGCAAAAAAGUUGUUAGUCCACCACCACUUCCUUCACCCAAAUGCGAUGGUCCAGCUUGGGGUGGUUCUAAGGUUUCAAAAAUGUCUGCCUCUCUUCGUGAAAUCCAGAAUGAACAAAGUAAAUCAAUCAGUAAUCCGCCCACUAGAAACAAAGAUAAGCCGGAAGAGCUACUUGAUAGAAGUAAUGGGAAAAUCUUGCUGAGUUCUUUCCUGGCAUCUAACCCGAUACCGGUGGUACCAGUUCGCACAUCACAAUUAUCUGAUGUAGACAAAAGCACUCCUCCUUGGGCUGCUUCCGGGACUCCACCUCAACUUUCUCGGCCCUCUCUUAGGGACAUACAAAUGCAGCAGGGUAAAAACCAAUAUCUCGCACAUAGCCCAAAAACGAAGACAACUGGAUUUGCAGUUUCGACUGGGCAAGGAUCACCAUCUGAAUCUGUCACACCAAGCCGUUGGUUUAAACCUGAGGUGGAUUCACCCUCUUCAAUCCGUUCCAUUCAGAUAGAAGAGAAGGCAAUGAAGGAUUUCAAGCGCUUCUACAGCAGUGUUAAGAUUAUUAAAAACCAGAGUUAGUGCCUAACUUGUAUUGUACAUUUGCUUUAGCGGUUAGAUUUCUGUUAUUAUCUUUCUGUUGUCUCUUCGGUUGUACAGAUCCUUUGUAGUUUGUAUAUUUCCUUAGUUACUAGCUAGAUAUCUCAUCUGGGCACGAAAAAAAAACAAAAAAAAGAGGUCGUCUUUUUUAUAGUUUAGCUUGCAUAAUCAUCUAUCUUAAAUUUGGUUAAUUGGAUUGUUGAAGAUCCGAGACAUCCUCUCAAAUACCUUAUUUGAGGGGCACUUUAGGGCAAAAUAAAUUGGCAGCCGAAUAAGUGGAACUCGUUCAUAUAUGAGCAGCUGCUGCUGCUGCUGCAGCCGCCUUUCAUAAGGUCCAAGUUCUUAGGGUAGAUUACUACUUUUAGAUUUGUAUAUGUUUUGUAGCUUUUCUUUUGUACUGUAAUUGUGCUAAUCUUAGAUGUACAUUUGGAUUAAAAAUGUAUAUAUUUUCUUUGCAUCAGAAAAUUACCGAUUCUUAUGAA